GGCUUCCCCUCUCAGUUCUACCUCCUCUCAAAAAACAAAAAGAAAAAACAGAGAAGGGGAAAGAAAACUAGACAGAAACCCGGCCGCCGCCGCCGCAAUGCUCUCCGCCGUGCGAUCCCGCACCCUGGGCCGGUGGCGCCCGCCGCCGCACCUCCUCUCGCGCCUCCUUUCAUCCCCCUCCGCUGUCGCCUCGCCGGAGGCGCUGUUGGAGCUCCCGGAGGUGGAGAAGGUGCUGCGCGACGUCCGGGCCGGCGACGUGCGCGUCUUCCCCGUCGGCGAGGGCGGUCUGCACGGCGGUGCAUGCGCCGACUACAUGGUCGUCGCCACCGGUCGCUCCGACUGGCACGUCCGCAACAUCGCUCAGGCGCUCCUCUACAAGAUAAAGCAGAAGCAGAAGGGCUCUGAUAGAAUACUGAUGCCGAGUGUAGAAGGCCAGCAAGCUGGAAAGUGGGUUGUCAUUGAUUCUGGAAGUAUAAUCAUCCAUGCACUUGAAGAAAGAGCUAGAGAGUAUUAUGAUUUAGAAAGCAUUUGGUCAAGAGAGGUGUCUCCUAACAUUUCCGUUCAGGAGUUGGAGACCUCGCUGGCAAAGACACGUCGCAGAAACCGAUCACAGAAACCCAUGAAGAGCAUCUGAACUCACAUGUCAGUGAUUUUCAAUGCUUCUGCAGUACUGCAAAGGAUUCCGGUGGGAACUCGAUGGUCUGAUGCUAUGAUCUGAUAUGUGAGCUCCUCAAUUUUUUCUUUUGUAACAUCUUUUACUCGCCAAAAUUCGUGCAACCUGAUUUUGGUGAUGUGUAAUGAACUAAAAUCGCCUUAACAUAAGAUUCAUUUGCAAAUUUACCCAAGUUCACACAAGGUCGUGGGAUUGGCAAUCCAUUUGCAUCCUUACAAAUAUACUCAUGGAAGAUGGAACCUAAA